UUCCUUCAAAUCGUUGAUGAAAUUUUGCUAAAUAACUUCCUAAUCAUAGUGGUGCCACUUACCUAAGCCGCUGAAGGACCAGUCGAACUCAACCGCCAUGAAGCCUGCAGUGGAUGAGAUGCUUCCGGAAGGAGCGGGGCCUUACGUUGAUCUGGAUGAGGCUGGGGGAAGCACAGGACUACUGAUGGACCUGGUAGCCAAUGAAAAGGCAGCAUGCAGACUUGGUAAAACACUUUUUUGGAGGAAUAUGGAAAACUAGGUGGACAAUUUGUGUCACGUUUGGGUUAGGGAGAAUAAGUUCAACUACAGAGCGCAUAAAAGUUUGUAUAAUUAUCCACUUUUAACUGUAAAUAUACGCAUUGAAGUCAGUAUUUGGCUGAAGGUCCUGUCGUGUUGCGCCAUUUUCUUGCCAAUUAAUGGAGUAAAACGUAUUUCUACAUGAAUGAAAUCUCUUUUGAGUGCCCUCUGCAAGCGUAAAUCCUAAAUGAGCCUCAUGCGAGGCACAUCCGUCGUUUGAUGUAGCUUGCGCCUCGGGACAGACAUCACACUAGUUUGUAGAAGGAGGAGGAUACAAGGAAUGUUUUCCGCGGGCCAGUAAAGCGAUUCCCUGCUGUGGUACACCAGCAGCGCUCUCGUGGCCCGGAGGUGGAAAGACGUGCUAUACGAGAGGCAACGUCCCCCAAUGACAAUUUCAGAAUGCCUCUGUGUCCCUCUCCUGGAACUGGAAGAGGUGGCCGGAGACUGGGAAUAUACCAAUAUACUAGUCAUGAAGUGGUGACCCACUUUUAUAGACGUUCAACACACAUACAGUGCUAGUCGUUUGUCACGUUUGGAGGCACUCUUAUCUUGCUAUUGAAUGAGGAGUUGGGCCAAAAUUGCAUUUCCAAGAACAUGAUCAAUGAACUAAAAUGACAUAUCCAAGUGCAAUCAAUAAGUCCACAAAAUGAAUACAAUCCACCGACACUACCGUAUAUGUGUACGUUACAACCGAGGACUAACAUGACGACUACAAAUCACAUCACUGUCAAGACUGCACAAAAUGUGAGAUUUCACGACAAUAACAAAGAUGAUGCCAAAUUCCACAAUAUUAAACACAUUUCAUCUAUUGAUUACCACCAAGAAGCUAUUGCUCCAUUUACACAAAUGACCAAUAAAUGGUGAUAAUUCCAGUAUUUACAUCAGGGGUGCUCACUUUUUUAGCCUGCGAGCUACUUUUAAAAUGACCAAGUCCCAAAGAUCUACCUACUACUAUAAAUAUAGAAAGUGUCUAUUUAUUUUAAUAAAAUAUGAGUAUGUAUUUAUGUAGGUUAUACUGUACAUGUAUACCAGGAGUACAUGCACUUUCUCAGCAUGCAAGUACAAGUCAAAAUGAUCUACCUCUUUCUAUAAAACAUAUAACAUAUACAAAAUGUACCCAGUAAACUCUGAAAUUCUAUUGUAAAUAUUCAUGAUUAGUAUUUCACAUUCACAUGUUCAAAGUCACGGGGCCGCAUGGUGGUCUAGUGGUUAGCAUGUUGGCCAACACAGUAACAGUCUGGAGAUGGGAAGACCUGGGUUGGAUUCUCCCUUGGGCAUUUCUGUGUGGAGUUUGCAUGUUCUCCCCGUGUGUGGGGGGGUUUUCUCCGGGUACUCCGGUUUCCUCCCACAUUCCAAAAACAUGCAUGUUAGGUUCAUUGGAGACUCUAAAUUGUCCAUAGGUAUGAAUGUGAGUGUUUGUCUAUAUGUGCCCUGCCAUUGGCUGGCGACCAGUCCAGGGUGUACCCCGCCUGUCGCCCGAAGGCAGCUGGGAUAGGCUCCAGCAUGCCCCCGCAACCCUAAAGGGGAGAAGCGGCAUAGAAAAUGGAUGGAUGGAUGGAUGUUCAAAGUUUCCAGGUCAUCAAAGUAGUUGCUAUCAUAAUUCCCUUCAAUAUGGAAAUAAAGAUCAUUCCACAUAAGUCCUAAAUAGUUGUGUACUAGUGAGUGAGUACUGGUAACAUGUCAGUCACAUUAGCUAUGUAACGUUCAUUAGGGCACACACUUCAUGUAUUACAUCCAGUUAGCAUUUGCUAGCAAACAUUAGCAUAUACAAGAAUGUAAAAUGAUGAUGCAAAAGACUAUGCAGCCCAAGUCAAGGCAACAUAUUGAAAAGGUUUCACCAAUGGGCACAUUUUUAAUUUCAUCAUGAAAAUCAGAUGACUGAUUUCUGUAGUAGAGUUCAUGACGCCAAGCAAAGCCAGUCAACAAUACACUUUUUUUCUACGUAGCUAGCCGCGACAAGUGAACAGAUAGCUUUAGUUAUAGAUAUAGACAUCUUACCGCAGAGUUAGUUCAUCCAUCAUCAUGCAAGAUGGCGCCCUCCGUGGCAGACGUCUCUGUGACACUCUCCCAUUUUUUUCUAUUUUUUUCUAUUUUAUUGUUCAUUUUGGACAUUCAACACACUCACGCAGUACAUUACAACAGAGAGACACUUUUGAACAUCGGCAGGGUUCACCAUGAACUUUCAUUUAGCCUCUCAGACUUUGCCUUUCUUCUGCGCCGGGAGAACGCAGCAGCCUGCGGGCCCGGUGAGCUGAAUACCCGGCGAGCAAAGCAUCCGAGGCGUAAACGAGGCAAGCGGGCCGGCCUGCAUGCUAGGCUAAAAGCUAGAGCGACGAGGCCACCGCUACCAAGCCUGCUGCUAGCCAACGUCCGCUCCCUCGAAAACAAGAUGGACGAACUACGAGCAAGGAUUACAGCUCAACGUGAGAUCAGGGAAUGCUGUGUCCUCACCUUCACAGAAACCUGGCUGACGGAGGACAUACCGGACUCAGUGAUCCAGUUGGAAACAUUUGCUGCUUACCGGGGAGAUCGGACUUUAGCGUCUGGUAAACACAGAGGUGGCGGCGUCUGUGUUUACGUAAACAAACGGUGGUGCACAGACGUACAGACGAUGGAAAAGCACUGCUCGCAGGACAUUGAGCUGCUGAUGGUGAAAUGCAGACCUUUUUAUUUACCUCGUGAGUUUAGCGCUGUGUAUUUAACUGCUGUUUACAUCCCACCACGAGCUAACAACGUUAACGCACUAGGCCUCCUGCAUGACAUCAUCGAUAAACACGAGACCAAACACACAGACGCUGUAUUCAUUAUAUCUGGCGAUUUCAACCACUGUAACCUCAGGACUGUCCUCCCCAAAUAUUACCAGCAUGUGAGCUUUCCCACAAGGGAAAAUAACAUCCUGGACCAAGUCUACUGCAACAUGAAAGGUGCUUUGAAGGCUGUUCCAAGACCCCACUUUGGAAAGGCUGACCACAUCUCUAUAUUCCUUUAUCCAACAUACAGACAACUUCUUAAAAAAGCUCCCCCUGUACGUACAGCAGUUAAAGUGUGGAAUGAAGAAACUGAUCAAGUACUUCAGGACUGCUUUGGCUGCACAAACUGGGAUGUGUUUAAAACUGCAGCGGGGAGGGAAGAUUGUACUGUUGAUUUGGAUGAAUAUGCUUCUGCUGUUACUGGCUACAUUAGCACAUGUAUAGAGACUGUUAGCACCACCAAGUAUUACAGAAAAUACCCUAACCAAAAACAGUGGAUGAACUGUGACGUAAGGGUUAAGCUACGUGCUCGUUCGACUGCAUUUGUCAUGGGCACCGCUGAUGACUACAAAAAGGCCAGAUAUGACCUGAGGAGGUCCAUACGAGAGGCCAAAAGACAGUACAGACAGAAGCUGGAGGGCUACUAUUCCACCUCAGACCCUCAGCGCAUGUGGGCGGGGCUCCAGCACAUCACAGACUAUCGACAGCGGAGUAGCGUAGCCACGUCCAGCCAAACCACACUUCCUGAUGAGCUGAACGAGUUCUAUGCCCGCUUUGACACCCAAACUCCUGAUGAGCAGAGAGGGUGGCUGGACUUGGGGAGCACACAGGACUCACCUCUCAUGGUGACAUCAGCUGAUGUGCGCAGGGUUCUGAACAAAACAAACCCACGAAAAGCAGCAGGCCCAGACAACAUCUCAGGACGUGCACUUCGGGUUUGCUCAUCAGAGCUAGCUGAUGUGCUUGCUGACGUAUUUAACCUGUCGCUUGCACAAGCAUCUGUACCGACCUGCUUUAAGUCCACCACCAUAGUGCCCGUACCCAAGAAGAGCAACGUGACCUGCUUGAAUGACUAUCGCCCUAUAGCACUCACUCCUAUUGUUAUGAAGUGCUUUGAAAGAAUAGUCAUGACCCACAUCAAAAAGAGCAUCCCAGCAACUGUGGACCCUCUACAGUUUGCAUAUCGCCAGAACCGGUCCACGGAUGAUGCAGUCAACACUGCCAUCCACACAGCCCUUUCUCACCUACAGGGCCAGGACACAUACGUCAGAAUGCUAUUUAUAGACUAUAGCUCUGCUUUUAAUACAGUCAGCCCCCACAAACUCACAAAUAAGCUCCUCACACUUGGCCUGUCUCCCUCCCUCUGUAACUGGGUGUUUAACUUUCUAACAGGCAGGCCCCAGUCAGUCAGAGUCCACAAUCGCACAUCCAGCUCAAGAAUUGUGAGCACCGGGACCCCACAGGGGUGUGUGCUGAGUCCGCUCCUCUACACGCUCUUCACCUACGAUUGCGUGGCCUCCCAGAACAACACCAGCAUCAUUAAAUUUGCGGAUGACACUACAGUCAUCGGACUGAUCACUGGUGGUGUUGAAACAUCAUACAGAAGAGAGGUGGCGGACCUCAUAGCUUGGUGUCGUGAUAACAAUCUCCUUCUCAAUACAGAUAAGACUAAAGAGAUGAUCAUCGACCCAAGAACAAGGGAAAAGGAGCCGCAUAGACCCCUGUUUAUUGAUGAGACUGAGGUGGAGAGGGUGAAAACCUUCAAGUUCCUUGGCACACACAUCAGCGAGGACCUCACCUGGUCUCACAACACCCAACAAAUUCUGAAGAAGUCCCAAAGGAGACUGUACUUCCUGAGAAGACUGAGGAAAUUUGGCAUGUCCACCACAAUCCUGAGUUGCUUCUACAGAUGCACUAUGGAAAGUGUCCUUACCGCCUCCAUCACUGUUUGGUACGGUAACUGUACAACACGUGAUAGGAAGGCACUCCAGCGGGUGAUCAAGACCUCACAGAACACUGUUGGGGCAGCCCUCCCCUCACUGCAAGACAUUUAUAAAACUAGAGUCCUACGAAGAACACACAACCUCAUCAAGGACAGCACACAUCCACAACACUCAUUAUUCACACUCCUACCGUCAGGCAGACGCUACAGGAGUUUGAAGUCCAGGACCACAAGGCUGGCAAACAGCUUUUACCCACAGGCCAUCAGGCUUCUCAACGAAGCACUCACACACGCCGCACGCAACACACACUCAUAGCACUUUAUUUAUUUAUUCCUUAUUUAUUUGUAUAUUUAUUUGUAUUAAUAUCUCUUCUUUUUGUUGCUGCUUAAUUUCUUGGUAUUUAUGUUUCUUAUGUUCUUAUUCUUUCUUGUGUUUUCUUUCUUUUCUUGGGAGAAUGAACAGAAUAAGAAUUUCAUUGCAUGUUAUAACUGCUGUUUUACCAUGCACAUGACAAUAAAACUCUCUUGAAUCUUGAAUCUCUUGAAUUUGUGUUGUCACUGACAAAUGUUUCAGCUCAUCAAACAAAUUUAAAUAUUAAAGUGUGACAAACAUGCAAAACAGUAAGAAAUCAGGGAGGGGGCAAACCCUUCUCACACCGCUGUACAUAUUAUGCUGUACAUGUUAGCAUGGCGUGCUGGGUGAUGAAAGUCAAAGCAUCUUGGAAUGCACUUGUCGCUUUGCGAGGUCAGAGGCCAACAGCGCUAAGCGUACGAACAUGCUGGAACAAAAUGCAACGCAUCCUGCGCUUAUGUGAGCAGCCAAGCGCUCCUUCUGUCUGCCCCCAAAUAGUGUCUGAGUGAUUUAUGGUCUUUCCUUUCAUGAUGUGCUGUAGGGAGCGCUAACUUUGCCAGUUCACAUGCGAGUACAGUCAAACCUGUCUAUCGCGGCCACCAAAGGGAAACGGCAAAAGUUGCUGCUAUAGGCAGGUGGCCGUUAUAGACAGGUUGGCGGCCAUUUUGAAUUUGUGCGCACGUAUAUUAACAUGUCUGUGAUUAGAAGCUUGUUUUGUUUGCAGAUACAUAUAAUUAUACUCUUACAUGUUGACCAGUAGAGGGCACUGUGGGACUGCGGAUAAAAGUUGUAAAGAACAACUAGGCUUGUUAUUCUACACCACCCACAGAACAAAGCUGUGCUACUUUUUAUACGGCAGAGUGUCAUUACAGCUUUAGUUCAUCAGGAAGUGACGGGAAGUGACGGUGGGCGUCCCGAGCAGGAGAGCUAGGCUCAGUGCUAGCUGUGAGUUUGGAGAGAGUUGGGAAGUGUGUUUAUGUUGGCGUGGAUGUAAAGUCCUGCAGUGUUCUCCGCUGUUAAUAAAGCCAUUAAAGUGCAUCGGCGACGUGAGUCUCUCCUUCCCCACAACAAGCGGCAUUACAGUAUUGACCAGUGCACACCAGGAAAUAAACGGUGUCACUGUCUGCAACAAGCUCCAAAGAAGACGGCUUUUUUAUGUGGAACAACUGACAGUUUGUGUGGAUCUUGUGAAUGAUUGUGACUGAGCUACGACUCAGUAAUUAAAGUCUACACACGACGCCUUCAUUGAUUAAAAAUUGGCAUUUUAAAAAGGUGUCAUCGUCGUCGUCGUCAUCAUCUUCCCAAGGAAAGCUUGCAUCCCUGCCUGGUGACACGACGUCUGGCCUUCUGUGUGGCAACCUUGAAACAAUGUUUUGAAAGUCCUGGAAGUCCGAACUGUUGGAAGAUGAUUUAAAAAGCAAAAGAAAGAAAGGGUUCAUACUGCAGACUGAGUGUCAUCCUGUUACGUUACUCCGUGCAUGUUUGUGCUGUUUGAUGACCUUGACAUCCACUGACAGACUACCAAGGUGGCUCCGAGCGAGGAGGAAGAUCGUGAUGAUGAUAUUACUACGCACCUCAACCCCCCCACCCCGCUUGACAUUUUUUUUUCCUUGUGGAAAAGCAAACCUGCCAUUUUGCUGCCGUCUAAUGA